UCUCCGACAUUCAUGACCCAAUCCAUCCACAGUUUCUCUCUCAUAAACACAAACACAAGUAGUAGGUGGAAAGCAAUGUCCCUUCCUCUUUUUCCUCCCUACAUCUCGCGGCGGAGGCACGGAGGAAUCAUGCGGCAGCUGAUCGGUGGUAUUAGAGACAAAGUGUCUCACAUCGGUAGUUGGAAGGGAAAUAAUAUAUAAGAUAGAUGGACCACUCCACUUGUCACCAAUUGGUUUUAGGUUAGAAGCCCGUCUAGCUUAAGGUGGCACUGUUGUUAAUUAUUAUUCAAUUUCUAUUCAAGGUUUUGACUUCAACACAUGAUUCCUUUGUCGUUUUAAAUAUUGGAUUGGAGCUUUACAGGAAAACCUGAUUAGAAUAAUGUUAUGUAGCCGAUAUAUUGAGUGUGUUUUCUAUUAGCAUAGAGAUUGGAAGUACUUUAGAUGAUUGGUUUUGUUUAAUCUUGUUAUAUUAGAUAAGAUUAUGACAUUAUUUUUAUCUCCAUCCUUGUAGAUAAGGACACAAGCAGAGGUUUAAGCUUACUGAGAUUCUUCUUUUUCUUAUUGCAGGUUGUGUGUGAAAUAACCUUGAAGGAUUUGAAUGGAUGAUGACUUUGCAGAUGGAUAAGAAUAUUCGAUAAGACUGUUGAGUUAGAAAUCAAGCGUCGGGAAGGCUGCUCACGCUCGGAAUCCUUCUGAUCCAAAUCUGUGGCAGCAGAUUCGUGAGAAUUUUAUGAAGCAAUCAUUCUUGAAGACCACACGUUUCCGAGGAGCACAACAUUGAGUUUACUCUGUGGCAGCUGCAUUACAAAAGGAUUGAAGACUUUCAGUGCUGUCCUGGCUCCUAGUAACCCGAGUGUGGCUCAAAAUUCAAAGGGUCCAUCUAGGCCUGACAGGGUCGCAAACCUCAAGCUGCAGUUCAGAACUUUCCUUUCAGAAGCAACAUGGGGUUUUACCAUGAAAACGAUCUUAAAAAUUAGAGCCAAGUAUGGGCUUCCCUUGGAUGGAAAGAAGAUAGCAGAAGUUCAGAAAGGCUUUGGUGUCUUGUCACCGUUGCUUUAUAUACCUUGGUGAUCUUGCUCGGUAUAAAGGAUUAUAUGGAGAGGGAGAUUCUAAGAACCGAGAGCAUGCUGCUGCGUCAAGUGGAAACCCACAUCAUCAGAAUCGUGCCCAAUUUGUUUACCGCUCCCAAAGACUCGUCUAGAAGGCCCACUGGUAAAAGAAGAGGUAAAGGCGGCGAUAAAGAUGAGGACGUGGUAGCUGUUCCUGAGAAGGAUAAAGUAACUAGCGCAGAUGAGAUGCUCAAAGCAUUCUGCGUUAAAUUUGUUCGUCUCAACGGGAUUCUUUUUACCCGAACAAGCCUCGAGACAUUCUCAGAUGUUCUUGGUUCCACUAGCAGCAGUCUACGAGAUCUGAUUUGGUCGAGCUUAACGGAAGAUAUGAUUUUUUGGUAAAGACACCAGUGACAGCGCACUUUUUAUUGUUAGGCUCGUAACGCUUCUUAUAUUCAGCGUCGAUAACUCGAAGAAAGACAAGGAAGGUCAGUCAUAUGCUAGAAACUCCUUAACAGCAAGUUUUGAGUUACUUGGACACGUAAUGGAGCAGUGUGCGCAUCAUCAUCUCAGGAGAGGUAUCUGAUGUCUCUAAGACGGUCAACGGGAAGCUGGCGACGGUGGUGGCCGAGGAUGGCCACAUCACCGGGGGUUAUUCGUCUUCUCCGGGAGUCUAUGUUGCCGGAAUAUACGGGCCGUUGGUGUUGAACGUUCUUCCAAAAGGGUCAGUUCCGGCGUCUGGGCCCAGCAAGAGAAUCAAUGCACGUCAAGACUUAAUACUAUAUUAGUCUCACCAUCCUCACGACUAAAAGUCAUGUAUGACAAAAGCCGUUUUCAAUUCUUAUAGAUAUUCUUUAUUUUUAAGAAAUGACUUUUUUUGCCGAGUUGUAAAUAUUAAAUUCUAUAGUUAAACCCAAAUUAUAUAGUCUA